UGGUGAGGCAGCUUGGGAGCACCACACUCACUCACUCGUCAACAUCAUCAACAAUAUGAAGGUUAUUAUUGUUUUGGUCUUGGUGGCUGCCGUUGUGGCUGUCCCCCUGAGGCCCCCUCAUGACUACUCCCCCGCCUCCGCCUACACAGCCCCGUACUACCAGGUCCCCGCGAGGUACCACUUUAAUUAUGGCGUGAAGGACGGCUACUCCCGCAACGACUACGGUCACCAGGAGACUCGUGAUGAUUACGGCACCAAGGGGUCGUACUUCGUGCAGCUCCCCGAUGGUCGUCUGCAGAAGGUGACCUACAGUGUUAGCGGAGACUCUGGCUUUGUGGCUGAGGUCACCUACUACGGGCAGGCUCAUUACCCAGCCUACAAGCCUGCCCCUGCCCCAGCCUAUAACCCUGCCCCAGCCUAUAACCCUACCCCAGCCUACAAGCCUGUCCCAGCAUACAGGCCCUCCCCAGUAUAUGGCUGAAAGGUUAUGGAGAAUAUUAUUUAUGCAAGAUUAUUAUUAGUCUAGAAAUGUGAAGAAAAAACUCAUCACUAACCAGCUUUACUGUAUGUGUCAAAUAUGGGACUAUGUUCGCCAAACUAAUAAUAAAGCCAAAGUUUUUUAAAAUAA